CCGGGCGUUUUGAUGGCGAGUCGUCUGUUUGCGCCCGCCUCGUCGGAACGCGUCGACAACUCUGGCUCCCUAAGAGCCUCUGAGGUGAAGGAGCAAGACACUGCUGACAACGAGCCCAGCAGACGGAGGAGCAGCAGUCUCGUCGGCGAUUUGGCCGCGUCUAUACUAGGAGCAGACGUGCUCGCGGCCAGGAAGGCGCCGCCGUUCCCGGACGACGCCGAGGACGGCUCAGACGGUACUCGAUACUUUUUUGCGGGCGGAGGCCGGAGCGCGCGUAUCUCGUCGCAUGGAACGCUGUCGCCGGCGCUCGCAGCCAAGGGCAUACCGCCGCAGCAGUGGGCGGCGUUCCGCGAAGAUCUAAAGAAAUUGCCUUCGCUCAAGCGAUCGAUGUGGAGACCGUUGUGUCGGAGCUCCGCGCGAAAACAGGCGUGGCUCGACGCCGUCGAAGCGCUCGGUGACAAAUAUAUCGCUCUCUUCGCGCCGCUUGGGAUCGAGGUCCGCGCGUCCCUCGACGACAGAGCAUCGACGCGACAUCGCGGCCCGGCUAUUUUGUUCCGUUAUACGCCGGCGGUCGUCGAGCCGGGGGCGACAACUACAAUCCCAGUUCCGCCAGGGACGCGCGGCGGCGACGUGAUUCAUGCACGCGUGGACGGCCGUGAGAUAUCGGUCACCGUCCCCUCGCCGCCGCCGAUGAAAAUAGACGUCGCCGUGCCGCCUCCCUCGGCUCCUCAAGUCGGCGCAUCGUACCAGCCGCUACAGGCACCGUACGUGCCGAAAGCGCCGUACCAUCAGCAGGCACCGCCUCCCGCAAUGGCCACGGAGUUAAAAGCAUCUGAGGCCGUUCCCGUCGGCCCGCCGUCGGCGCGCAAUCAACGCGCACGCCACCGCGUCGACGACGUCAACGAUCUCGAAGCGCCCGGGCGGCCGCCCACCCCGCCGUGGCGGGCACGAGCGCCGGCGCGGAACAUGUCGGUCGCGGGCGUGAGCGGUAUAAAUUAG